CUGCAGUACGCGCGCUCGCGCAGUCGCUCUGUCUGGCACGCACGCGCUAGUCCAGCUCUGCUCAAGAUCACCUGAGCAUCAGACCAGACACCACUGUGCUUAGACCCCAGACCCGGUGGACGUUUUCUAGGGGAAAGAUGAGACUGUCGGUCGCUUUUCGCCAUGCACAUCGGAGCCACGCCAGUAUACGACGAUCAAGAGCGGGUGUCAAAGUAUUAAACUCUGAGAAAAGACUCACAACGUUACCUGAUAACAGCGCGGUUUCUUAUCCAUGGGUUCGGGAAGCUAGUUCGACCAGCGGCACAAAUGAAACGGUAACGAGUUUUAAAAGUCAUCCACGAAAAAACGAUGGACCGCUGUGUGAAAGUGCUGUUUGUGACAUUAUUCAGAGGAGCAGAGAGGAGCUCAAAGCUAUCAGAGAAACCAACCCAGGCCUCAAACCUACACUGGCUAUCAUACAGGCUGGUGAAGAUGACGGUUUGCUGGAGGUGAAUAAGAAAAUGGCUGGAAAGAUCGGCUUGAACGUUAUGCAGAUUUGUCUUCCACACCAGUGCACAGAGGAAGAGGUGACUGAGGAGAUCUUGAGAUUAAAUGAGGAUUCUCGUGUUCAUGGCAUGUUUUUACACCUUCCUCAGUCCUUCCUCUCCAAAAGUGUCCGUAAUGCCAUCAAGCCACAGAAAGAUGUGGAUGGGGUCUCUGAUCUUAAUGUUGGCCGUGUGGUGUUGGGGGAUCAGAGAGACGGCUUUGCUUCACCUGUAGCUGGAGCUGUGCUGGAGAUUCUUGCCAGGCACGAUGCCCCAUUGAUUGGUAAGAUGGCAGUGCUGGUGGGUGUUGAGGGACCCCUGAAGGCAACUCUUCAAUUUUUGUUGCAAAACAAUGGCAUGAUGGUGCAAACCUGCCAGUGGAGCUCAAAGCACUUGCAAAAACAGGUCAUGGUUUCGGAUGUGGUGAUUUUGUUAGAGACCGACCACAAGGGCCUCCCACCCACUUGGUUAAGACCGGGUGUGGCAGUCAUCAACCUCAGCUCAGCCCUAAUGGAAGAACACCCUGACAGCUGGGAGCACAGGGCUGAAGCUGAAUCUGGUGCAGGAGUUGGGCCUCUAAGUGCUGCGCUAAGAAUGCAGCAUGUAGUGAGGAGCAGCAGGAGGUGGAUACAAGAACAGCAGUACCAGCCAUGGAGGCUCUGCCCACUAAAGCUCCAACCACUUUCACCUGUGCCUAGUGAUAUAGAGAUCUCCAGGGCACAGACUCCCAAACCCAUAUCCCAGCUGGCUCAGGAGAUUGGACUGCUUCCAGAGGAGCUGGAGGCCUACGGGAAGACCAAAGCCAAAGUCCAGUUGUCCCUCCUCAACCGCCUCCAACAUCAGCCUAAUGGCAAAUAUGUCCUGGUGGCAGGUAUAACUCCCACCCCCCUGGGUGAGGGGAAGAGUACAGUGACCAUAGGUCUUGUCCAGGCCCUGUCCGCUCAUCUAAAGCUCAACUCUUUUGCUUGCCUGCGACAGCCUUCCCAGGGCCCAACGUUUGGUGUCAAAGGAGGAGCGGCGGGUGGGGGAUAUGCGCAGGUCAUUCCUAUGGAGGAGUUUAAUCUCCACCUCACAGGAGACAUCCACGCUAUAACUGCAGCCAAUAAUCUAGUGGCGGCAGCUAUUGAUGCCCGCAUUCUCCAUGAAGCUACUCAAUCAGACAAGGCCCUGUACAGCAGACUAGUGCCGUCUGUUAAUGGCGUGAGAUGUUUCUCUCCUAUACAGAUGGAUCGCCUACAACGUCUUGGAAUAAACAAAUCUGACCCCAGUGACCUCACAACAGAAGAGGUCAGGGCAUUUGUCCGUCUUGACCUUGACCCUGAGAAGGUCACAUGGCAGAGAGUUGUUGAUACCAAUGACCGAUUUCUGCGUAAGAUCACUGUUGGCCAGGCUAACACAGAAAAAGGCCAUUCUCGCCAGACCCAGUUUGAUAUUGCGGUGGCCAGCGAGAUCAUGGCUAUCCUUGCUCUGACAGAUGGACUGGCUGAUAUGCGGGCCAGACUGGGACGUAUGGUUGUGGGUAGCAGCAGAAAUGGCCAGCCGAUCACUACAGAUGACUUGGGUGUAACCGGGGCUUUGGCAGUCCUCAUGAAAGAUGCUAUCAAACCCACACUGAUGCAGACACUGGAGGGCACUCCAGUGUUUGUGCAUGCUGGACCUUUUGCUAACAUCGCCCAUGGAAACUCCUCUGUCUUGGCAGACAAGUUGGCUCUUAAACUAGUUGGAGAAGAGGGAUUUGUUGUGACGGAGGCUGGCUUUGGUGCGGACAUUGGCAUGGAGAAGUUCUUCAACAUUAAAUGUCGAACAUCUGGGCUGAAGCCUGAUGUUGUGGUGCUUGUAGCCACUGUACGGGCUCUGAAGAUGCACGGAGGUGGACCAAAUGUUACAGCUGGUGUACCGCUGCCUAAAGAAUAUAUCAAUGAGAAUUUGCAGCUGGUUGCAGAUGGCUGCAGUAACCUGAAGAAGCAGAUUCAGAUCACUCAUCUCUUUGGAGUCCCUGUGGUUGUUGCUUUGAAUGUCUUCAAGGCUGACACUCAAGCAGAGCUCGACCUGGUGUGUUGCAUCGCAGAGGCUUCUGGGGCCUCUGCUGCUGUGCAGUGUCAUCAUUGGUCCAGAGGUGGGCGGGGCUCUGUGGAGCUGGCGCAGGCUGUGAAGAAAGUUGCAUCUCAGAACAACCAUUUCCAAUUCCUGUACAAUCUGCAGGAUUCUAUUGUAGAGAAAAUUCGGACCAUUGCACAGAAGGUUUAUGGUGCUGAUGACAUUGAGCUUUCACCUGAGGCUCAAGCUAAGAUUGAUUACUACAAUCAACAGGGUUUUGGUGCUCUUCCUAUCUGCAUGGCCAAGACCCACCUGUCUCUCUCUCAUAUGCCUGAGAAAAAAGGUGUUCCCACCGGUUUUAUCCUGCCGAUCAGAGACAUCCGCGCCAGCAUCGGGGCAGGCUUUAUCUACCCUUUAGUUGGAACCAUGAGCACCAUGCCAGGCUUGCCUACACGACCCUGUUUCUAUGACAUUGACCUUGAUCCUGUGACGGGGGAGAUAAAAGGACUCUUCUGAAGACAUUUCUACAGUCCCACACAUGCUUUUGACCAGUGUUCCUCAGUGUCCGUGUAGGCCUCCAUUCAUAUGCCACUGAUUACAGCUCAUCCACUUCCUUCUAGCAAUGAAACUACUGAGUGUUAGAUCGACAAACAUUCCUUCUCAUUUGUUUUGCACUUUUUUUUUUUUUUUUUUUUUUUUUU